AUGUGCCGCACAGGCUUUCUAUCCAACACAGUGUGUCCCGACAUCAGCGAAGACGACAAGCCCCGUCCGUCGCACUUCCCUUGCUACCCUUGCAUCAAGCUUGAGGCCCGAAUCGAGGCCGAAGCUCAGAUCCGAUUCGAGCAACACGAGUUUGCCAAAGCCUACGAAGCUCGUGAGCGUGUCAUGAGAGAGAAGCAGGCAGCAGAAUUGCGGGCCAAGGAGGAACGUGUUCGACGUGAGGCUCGUGACAGGGCGGCAAGAGAGCGAGAGGCAGAGCAGCGUAUGAAGCGCGAAAAAGAAGAGGCUGAGCGCAGGGCUAAGAAGGAGGGAGGUGCUUGGAUUGAGACUUCAGUUGGAAAGAAGCCCAAGAGCAAGAGAUGCGGCGGUGGUAGUGGCUCUGCAAGCACUCCCGCGAUACCAUUGAAUUCUCUGUCCACCCUCAAGAUGGCUACUGCUCCCAAGAAUAUCAACGAGAUCGGUGGAGGGGUUGGGGGUGGUGAGAGGAUGAGUCCCAAGAAGGAUCGUGUUGACCCUGGUGGUAGAGCUGGUACUUGGGGACCUAAGAAGAUCUUGAGCAGACAGGAGAACGUCGCUGGGAUCAACACACAUGCAGGGAAGUGA